AGCACUCUCGGUGCCGAGCGCCUUGCACGUCGCGUUCGCGUGCAAGCGCACACCAACAGUGAAAGUCGCGUGCGCAAGUUCUGCUACAUUUUCGUGCGUCGAUAUCUUCGUCUAGAUAUUCUGUUUGUUCAUUGCGCCAGUGCAGCAGGGAAAGGAGGUCGGUGUUUGCACAUACCCCGAUUGGGAUCGUUUUAAAAUUUACGGACCGUUGGUUUUUUAUUAAUACGCUGAACAGUGAACGAAACCCAAAGAACUGAAAAUAUUUGACAUUAUUUUCUGAGUUCUGACAGCGUUCCAUCAAAAAUUCUAAAAUGAAGGAGCCGUGACUAUAACGUUAGCUCAAUAAUUUGGAUAUAAGUGUAAGUGAAUUUUGUGACUAUGAGUGGAAGUGAACCGACGCUGACGGAGUCGCCGGUGCCGCUGGCAUUGGCGCGGCUACAGGGUGGGCGACCGCGGAACGCUCCACGCGGACUUCGCACGCACCGCCCCAGUCUGCAACUCGCCAGCUUGCAGGAGUCUGCUGAUGAGACUCCUCGACGCUUCAGCGAAGAACCUCCUGCACCCGACACUGACGAUGAUGAAGCCUUCUCUGAUUUAGCCGUGGUUUUUGAUGAUAAGCCAGCACGUCCAAUGCCUAAUGGUCGUAGAGCAUCCGAUGCUACUUUUGCAGAAAGGUAUAGAAAAUUGACCGAAUUUGAUGCUCCCCCGCCUGAAGCUCCUCGACGGGCUUCGUUGGCCGUUCCGGUUGGGAUAGAAGGUUUUGGGCCGAAUGAUAAAGGCCGCCGACGUUCAUGGGCUGCGCGACUGCAGCUCGAGCGCAAAAAGAGACGAAAGUCAGGAGGCAACGACACUGACGAAGAGGGGGACGUACCGACUUAUGUGCGCCAGAAGCGACCCUCCUGGUGGAACGUGUUCGUGCCGGAUAACAUGCUAAAGAACAGGUCUAGGCGUGCUUCACAGCAGCUGUCCCGGAGUGCCGAAAGCAUCGACCAGACUUUUAAGAGGUCGAAGAGCCGGUCUGUGGAUCAUGGAUUAGCGGCGCCAUUCGAUCUGGAGGCACUUCGCUCCAAAGUCGAGGGGAGAUUUGACGCUGUACACAGAGAUGAAGACGAACAAGUCAAGAGAUUACCUCCUCCACCGCCUAUCAAAACUAUGACGUAUACGGUGCGUGACCGUGAUACAUUGACAUCAGUGGCGGCGCGGUUCGAUACCACCCCGUCUGAACUGACCAAGCUGAAUCGGUUGGCCACGCAAUUUAUUUUCUCCGGACAGAACUUGCUUGUACCUGAUAAAAGGAAAGAUGGAGAUAAGGAAUCGGAUGGUCCCUCAGAGAGCGGGGACAACACCUCCGAAUCGACACAGGGCGGUUCGAGUGAGCCGGCGCAAGAAAAAGAGAUUCUGGACAGCCUGCGACCGGUAUCACCCGAGGCACCAGCCAGCAGCACCGCGCCGCAACGCUUCCUCAAGAUCAAUGUUCGACAUAUCACUGAUGGACAGGGCGUAGUAUCCGGCGUGUUGCUUGUAACUCCCAACGCAGUGAUGUUCGACCCGAAUGUAUCAGACACGCUUGUGAUGGAACAUGGCCCGGAAUCCUACGGCGUUAUAGCACCAAUGGAAUACGUUGUCAACGCCGCCAUCUUUUACGACAUCGCUCAUAUGCGCACGCACAGCUCUGAUCAUAAUCCGCACAAAGCCGAGACAGCCGAAAUCUACUACAUGAACAAGUCCGAACAUUCACCCGGAAAGGAUUCACUUCUAGUCAAAGAUGAAACGUUCCCUGAGCUGCAGGCAGCGAGUGGGGAGGCGGAGGAGGGCGCAGGCACGGAAGAACGUCCCGGCUCAGGCGAGACCGAGGAACGCCCUGGCGCCGCAUUCCCCAAGGCUUUCGAGAGGGAACUGGUUACUCCGACGCCUACUCAGCAAACCACAGAGGACAGGCGGAAAUCUUUACUGGACCAACACUGGGCAAUCCCGAGCAAAGACAGAAUGUCCAUCGAUCAAGGCAGCGAGGUCUCCUCAACCGCAGAACACAAAGACGAGAGCCUCGAAAUGUCAGUGGGAGCCGCCGACCGCGCUGAGAGCGCAGAGGGGGGCGACGCCCCUGAAGACGGCCCUGGCGAUGACGCACAGCACCUCGUCAAGCUGUCGUAUCAUGACUCUGGAAUUGAUAUUCGUGAUCCGGUUCUACAUGUUACUCCUACUAAUGCCAAAAAGGUAUACAGCGACGCGGAUAUUGUUCUUUCGGCCGACUGGGUGCCACCCGUGUGCCUACCACGCACGGAGCCGCCACUCUCUGCGCCACCACUAGGCGAAAACGAACGCGCUCCUAGGAAACCAGCUGCUGUCUCUUUCUCCCUCGAUGGAAAUAAUCAGAAAGAUGACAGCGUCAAACCUGAUAAGAAGAACAAAAUGCUAAAGAGGCUCUCCUACCCGCUAUCCUGGGUAGAAGGCCUCACCGGUGACGGUACAACCGGCAACCAGGGCUCACAAGGCUCACAGGGAGACUCGCUCCCCACCUCUGCUGACAGUCACAAUUCCACUAGUGUCUUCUCCAAAGUAUUUAACAGGCGAAGCUCGCUGGGCGGAUUUGGGCGGUCGCAGACGAAAUCGUCGUCGUCGUCAACUUCCACGCAACCUCGUCUCGACUAUCGCAGUAUGGUCUCCGUUGAUGAUAUGCCUGAUCUCUUCGCUUCUUUCGAUAAGUUAAUACCGCGGCCUGCGCGGCCUAGCGACGAUCCGCCACUGUACCUGCGCUUACGCAUGGGCAAGCCGGCGGGCCGCCCCUUGCCUCGCACCACGCCGCUCAUGUCCUACGGCCGUAAGCGCAUGAAGCCUGAAUACUGGUUCGGUAUACCUCGCAACAGGGUGGAUGAUCUAUUCAAAUUCCUAACACACUGGGUGCCGGACCGAUACGGGCCACUGGGCGACGUGGCCGCUCAGGGCUACGAGCUCAUUGACAGCGACACUGAAUGGGAUGAUGACGAACCUAAGCAUGGACAAAAGGAACGUACCGGCAGCUCCGGAGAUGUGUCAGACCUCACACGAGAGUCAUGGGAGCUGCUGAAGGCGCCGUACGUGAAAAUUUACUCGAUAAUGAAGAGCCAGGCAGAGGCGCUCGGUGACUCCCUUGGCGAGGAACCUCAGCCAGAGGUAUUUGCACGAUCGCGGACUACCUUAUUUGGCUUAGGAACAAAUCUAGCGGAAGUAACGAGACUUGUUCUUUUUCCCACUUUUUUCCGAUCGUUGAAAGUCAUAAUACCGUGGUUUUGAGGCCCGAUAUAUGCCAUAUAUUUAAUUUGCCACGAUCAAAUGUAUUUACGCUCAGAAAUUCCGCUGCGAUUUUUCAGUUAUGUUUGUUCCUAAUAUUCUGCUGUACACGGUUUGGACCUUUGACAUUUAUGAAGACACUAAAUAAUGAUAUUUUUCUUGCUAUAUUUAAAUCUGUGGUUUUUGUUUAAC